CGUUGUUCUUCGGUUUUCGGAAUCUAGGGAAGAAUGGCGGCGCUUGUGUUUAGUUGACAACGAGGAAGGGUUGCCUCACAGGCCGGUGCAGCACCUGCGCUUCAAAAUACAAGUGGUUUGGGGCGCCAAGCCCAAGCCCAGGACUCUGUCUUGUAAGUACACUGUACUAGGAGCUGUCCCCUACUCAGUGCGGCCCGCCCUGCACAGCGUCGUUUCUCCGUCACUGAGGAAAACAAGGCCGGUCAGAAAAUAUGGAGAAUGGCGAUGCAUAUCGCAUCUAUUGCGCCACGUUUGCCUUCAAUGCUCGCACAUCGGCUGAGAUCGAUAUAAGCGUGGGCGACGAGAUCAAGGUGUACAAGAACGAGAGAGGCGCGUGGCCAGAUGGUACUAAGUGGUUGAAAGGCCAGAGCCUAAGCACCGGCGCGCAGGGCAAUUUCCCAGGAAACUACACAAAGUUUGUCAAAGAGGUGGCGGCAGCUCCGGUUGAUGCUCCACCCGUGCUGCCGCCCAAACCGGACUUGAAGCCGCUACCUCCAACGCCGUCUCCGAAGCCACAACCAGCGCCGAAGUCUCCCGCCCCCAUUCCGACCCCAGCGGAAAGCAGACACGACGUCGGAAAGGUAAAAUCUAAUUGGCCGCCUUCAGCAAACAGCAGUGCAUCGUCGAGUGCUGGUGGUGGCGCUAGUGCUACCGCACACGUGCCUUCCGUUCCUCGAAAGCCGCUAGUGCGGACCAGGUCGCAAACCCCUACUGACGGUGGUCGCCCACCCAUCGGCACACCACCGGCGGGCGUUGCGAGUAGCGGAGGGCCGAAGCCAUUGCCACGGACUCCUGUUACUCCGGUCAGUCCUCCUCCGGCACCGCUCGCCGAGUCACAUCAGCUGACUAGCGUGCAUGUGAAUAAGCCAACCUGGUGCAAACAUUGCCAAAAUUUCAUCUGGGGACAUGGCAAGACUGCAGCGCUCUGUACACGAUGUGGAUUCGUCUGCCAUCUUGCGUGUCAGGACUAUGCCUUCCUGGCCGACUGCACUGCCCCAACACCAUCAAUACGAAAGACGAUUGAUGAGCUGUUGAACGCCGGUGAGAAAGUGUCUGUGAUCGAUUGGACGAGUAAGGACGUUCAAAUGUGGAUGACAGCGGUCGGCUUGGACUUCUACGCCGCCAACUUUGACACGGAAAAGGUGGAUGGGCGCCGGCUCAACUCGCUGCAGGAAGGAGACCUCAAGCGUCUGGGUGUGGACCAUGACGGCCAUCGGCAAAUGGUCAUGGAGACCAUCAACGAGCUGUGCCGAGGCAGCUCCACAAAGCGUCAGCCAUCAAUUCGUACAUCUAAGGCACCUGAACGCACUGACGGAAGCAAGACCGUGCUUCUAGGUCACUCUAUGUCCAUGAUCUCCAACAGAGGUGAUGAAGGCAUCAAUCCGGCUGUCAAUGGCCACUGCUUCCGUAAUCACACCUACAUGUCACCGUGCUGGUGUGACAAGUGCGGAAAGUUCAUGUGGGGUCUUGUCAAGCAGGGAAUGAAGUGCAAACGAUGCCAGUUGAACUGCCAUCGAAUGUGUGUUACGGGAGAGUUGCCGAACUGCACACCUGGACUGAUGCACCGACGCGACACAUCCACCUCAGUGAUGCCAUCCGGAGUAUUGCCAUCGUUUGAUACGGAGCUAUCCGAACUGUUCAACCCUGCUGAGAAGAGUGCACCCGUGGUGAUGUUGAAGUGCAUCGAAGCUGUCGAGAAGCGAGGGCUGCAACAGGAAGGUAUCUAUCGCAUUGCAGGAACCAUGCAAGAGGUGAAGUCUUUGAAGAACGAGCUGAACAAAGACCCUGCCAGUGUGCGGGUUGAUGAUCCAAGGUGGCUGGACAUAAACUGCUGGGCCGGAUGCCUGAAGCUGUUCCUCAGGGAGUUGCCCAAUCCACUCUUCACAUACGAGCUAUAUGAUCGCUUCGUUGCUGCAGCGGAUUCGGCCAGCGACGUAUCGAACCUGGUUGAUGAGCUGCCGGAUGCCAACCGUGCCACAGUCAACGCUCUCCUACAGCACUUGCAGAAAGUUGUUCAGCAGGAACACGUGAACAAGAUGACGGCACACAACCUCGGUGUGGUAUUCGGGCCGACUGUGAUACGACCUCCCGAAAAUGAAGUCAUGAAGCUGGCGACGAACAGCGAACGGCACAUUCAAGUUGUCGAACUGCUCAUCAAUCGCACAGAUGACGACGGUGAGCCGGAGCAGGAAUUCCGGGCAUCAUCAGUGCGCCUGGAAGAUGCGGAGUACUACUGGGGCAAAGUGUCCAGGGAAGUGGUAACUGACAAGCUGUGGGACACUCCCGAUGGCACGUUUCUGGUGCGCGAUGCCUCACAGAAACCCGGAGAGUACACGUUAACACUACGGAAGGGCGGCGUGAACAAGUUGAUCCGCAUAAUGACCCGUGAUGGCUUCUACGGUUUCUCUGAGCCACUCACAUUCCGCUCGGUGCCGGAGCUUGUGGAGUACUACCAAGAGCAUUCACUGGCCACGUACAACCCUCGCUUGGAUGUCAAGCUGCAGUUUGCCCUGUCCAGAUUCUAUUCAAAGAGCAAUGGCAGCCAGACAGACAUUGACAACUUGCUGAAGAAACUGGCCGAUGCUAAUCAGGACUUUGAGCAGCUGAACAACCGUUACCACUCGAUGUACAAGGACUACACUGAUAUCUGCCAGCGUAUGGCGACCUUCCGUAGUAAGAUGUCUGGGAUGAAUACCGUCGUGAACAUGCUGCAAGACCAGGCGGAGCUCAGCGAGAGUAUUGAGACCAAGCUAACCGGCUCGGAUCAAAUGAAACUGCAGCAGAACUGUGGCUUGAUCAAAGUUCGCCUGGAGCGUGCCAAACAAACAAGAUCAGAUCUAAGCAAUCGCCUCCAAAGCUCCUCGGAGAAAAGCCGUCACUUGGAGCGGGACUUGAACAAGAUCAAGCCGGAGAUCAUGCGUCUGCAACGAGAGAAGACGCAGUUUUCCACGUGGUUGGGCCAGAAUGGCAUGACAACGAAGCAGAUCAAUGAUGCCAUUGGUGCAUCACGUGCAUCACGUGUCGCAAGUGUUGACUCAGUCGAGCAGGAGAAGGAGGUAUUCACUGAAGACCUCUACCUGGACACAAAUCAAAUCAAGGAGAUCAUUGCCAAGAAUCAUCAGCCAACUAAUGCUCCAUUCGACAUGACCAACUGGUAUGCUGGCCCCAUAACUCGGGACAACUCACGGAUGCUGCUGGCAGGCCGGACCAAUGGAACAUUCCUUGUUCGUGCAAAGCCAAACUGUCCUCCGGGCGAGAAGCACACCCACACCAUCGACAUCCAGUUUAACACCAUGAAGCACAUUCGAAUCUUCCGCGACGAGAAUGGUGGCUUUGGAUUUUCAGCACCGUUCAUCUUCCGCUCCUUGCAGCAGCUCAUUGAGCACUAUAGCCAGGAAUCUCUCGUCAAACACAACUCAGACCUGCCUACUAGACUUGCACAUCCAAUUGGUCAGAAAGUCCUCGCUGAGCAUGGCAUAACAGCCUCUUAGAUCUGAAAACAAUGGCGGUGUCGGUGGCGGUGUCGGUUGCGAUGACAGCAUGGCAACAUAUUGCUGGCAGCAAUGAUAAACUAAUAGCGCCUGAUCUGAUUGAAAUGGCAAAAUAUGAUCAGCACAUUUUCAAAUUUUCAAUUUCAAUUUUUUUUAACGUGGUUAUUCAUUCUUAUCGUUCCAUAAGCAUUAUUACUCCCUCUGAAGUCCCCUAUCAAAUUCCUUUGAGAAAACAGUACAGCUCAACAUCUAGAACCUUUCAGAAGCCGGUACGGAAUUCCAUCUGCCGCUAAAUGCUAAGUUAAUGUUAGUUCAUGUGUUCAGCUCAUGAUGAUGAUGAUGAUGAUAAUGAUGGCAAGAGCCACCAAGCAUAAUUUACGACGCUAUACGUGCACAGCUAAAGUUUGGCGAUAGUAGAUAAAAUGCUGAUGCUAAUGCUGUUGCUGCUGCUGCUGCUGUCAAUGGAGCAGGCAUCCAUGAUAAUGCAGAUGAGAGAGCUCGUUAUUUUUGUUGCUGCUACGAGUACUGGUAUUUGUAAAUCCUGCCAGUAGUUCUUCAGUGACACCGGCCCAGUUCACUAAUCUCACAAGCAGUUUAUUCCUUACCAAAGUUGUGAUGAUUCCGUCUUCUUAUA